UGUAGUAUAAUGGCAUCAUCAGCAAGGUGUGUAGUUGUGGUGCUGGCUGUGUUUGUGCACUGCAGUAGUGCAAAUACUUGGGGAAUGCUACUACAGAAGCACCAGGCUCCAGUUGUUCAGCAGGCCCAGAAGGUGAGGCAGCAGCCUCCGACCAGGCCAGUAACAUAUGACCAGCAGGCCAAGAAGCUGAAAAACCAGCCCCAGUGGUCACCUCAGUGGGUUACCCAGGGACCUGAUGCCACAACUCCUAUUGAGAAAUGCCAAGUGAAAAAGGAAGAGCGACUUACUUGUGGUGUCCCUGAUCUUACUCUUGCUCAAUGUGAGGCAAUCAACUGCUGCUUUGAGUGGCGGUGCUACUAUGGGAAAGCAGUGACUGUACAGUGCACCAGAGAUGGUCAGUUUGUUGUUGUGGUGGCCAGGGAUGCCACUCUCCCCAACCUGGACCUUGAUACCAUCAGUCUGCUUGGACCGCAAGAUACACUCUGUAAGCCUGUUGGCACCACUAAAGCCUUUGCCAUAUACCAGUUCCCUGUCACAGCCUGUGGCACCACUCUUGUGGAGGAAAGUGGCUAUGUGGUCUAUGAGAACAAGAUGAUAUCUUCCUAUGAAGUGGAGAUUGGACCUCGAGGUUCAAUCACUAGAGACAGCCACUUUGAGCUGCAGUUCCAGUGUAAGUACUCUGACACUGCGGUGGAGUUUUUGGUGGUUGAGGUGAAUGCUCUUCCUCCCCCUGCUCCAGUCACUGCUACUGGACUUGUCCGAGUAGAGCUCCGACUGGCCAGCGGACAAUGUUACAAUGAGGGAUGUGUGGAAGAAGUGGAAGCCUACAGGUCAUACUACAGUGAGGCAGACUACCCAGUUUCCCAGCUCCUGAAGGAUCCAGUGUAUGCAGAGGUUCACAUCUUGGGGAGGACCGACUCUAACCUGGUCCUGAAUCUGGACUACUGCUGGGCCACCUCCACCCCCAGUCCCCUCAGCUUGCCCAAGUGGGACCUCCUGGUUGAUGGGUGUCCGUACCAGGAUGACCGUUACCUGACCAAUGUAAUCCCUGUGGAUGGCUCCUCUGGCCUUGAGUUCCUGACCCACUACAAACGCUUCACGGUCAAGAUGUUCACCUUUGUGGAUGCAGACACUUUGGCCCCUUUGAAGGACAGGGUUUUCAUCCACUGUAGUACAGAGGUGUGCCACCCUACUAGGACCCACUCCUGUCAACAGCGCUGCAACAGGCAAAGGAGAGAUGUGGCUGCAGUGAAUUCUGUGGCUGGUGAGACCGUGGUGUCCAGUGGGGAGCUCAUUCUGACCUGACCAUAACUACCUUCCACCUGUCAGGCCUGAAGAAAUACUUCUACUUCAGCUUGGGAUGAAGGCCUCACUCUUUGACCUUGUAGCAUACACACAAUACAUAUUGUGACUUGUAAUCCUAUGGCUUUAGUUUGGUUUAAUACAAUACUUGACUUUGAAAUAUCUGAGUUAUGACUUAACUAGAGAAUUCUUUCUACAUUUUGAGUGGAGGCUUGUUCUGGCAUCCUUUCAAUAACCUUGGCUGUCUGCUUUCACCAGAUAUCUUGACAUCUACAUGCCACUAGCAUUUCAUAUAAGGGUAAUUUGUCAAUGCCUUUACUACUUCAGGAAUAAUUUCUAAGCUAAUGCAAGAAAUGGGAACAAUUUCUGUAACCACUGACCUACAGUGUAUGUGGAGGGUAGCUUCACAUGUGCUGUGUCCCGGCAUCGGCUGAGACCAAGCAAAGGGAACGCUCUAUGAGCGGAGUAUAUUUGAAUCAGUGACAUGUCUAACAGGGUGAUUCAGUAUAGCAGAGGUGGCUUGAGGGCAAGAUCCUGCAGAUGAUAAUAUUAGGGGUCAUGUGGAGAGGGAUGUCUAUUUA